AUGUCACUUCAGAAAGCUCUUCACCAUGAAGCAAGCGCACGUCACACGAGACGAGUACACGAGCUCGACGGCUGUGUUGCAAGUGAUCUAUUUGAACCUGUGCCUUCCCAUGUCCCGAAUGUGUCGAACGCGUCUCAUGACGGGUGGGUUAAGUGGCGAGAAGAUAUGAUAGCUCAGGACGAGAGGGAUUUCCCUAAAGGUAAUCUAGGUGGUGGUUACCUUGAGGACAACGACGAUAGCAUUCCAGCCCUGUUUAUGAGGGGCGAAGGUACCAGGGAGCCUGACGAUGAGCUUUUCUCUGCCCUGUAG